GCAAACUUGAUAGUGUAAAGCCCUACCUGUCAUACACCCCAACCUCUCGUGCACUACUAAUCUCUCACUCCAUAAUCCAUAUACUUCCCUUGGACUUCCUCACUUCCAUUCCAUUUAAAAAUAAAUACAAAAAACAAACUUCAAUAAUCAAAAAUCUAAUGCUCACCAUCCAUCCAAACCUCAAGCAGCCAUGGCACCCACCAAAACCACUCCCACUCAAAUCCAAGGCUCCCCAUUUCAGAAUCCCAAUCCUCAACACCCUUUCUGAGAACAACCCAAUAGCCCAAAAAUCAGGCCAAAUCAGACGCCAAGUCCUUAACCCAGAAGGCAGAACAAAACUGAACCCAAAAUCAGACAGAGAAUUCUAUGCUUUCCCCAGAUUUGUGACCCAUGUGGACAACAAUUUCAUUUCCACAUUGACUGACCUCUACAGAGAAAGGUUGAGCCCUGGCUCGGAGGUUCUUGACCUCAUGAGCUCGUGGGUUAGCCAUCUACCCAAAGAAGUUGAGUACAAGAAAGUGGUGGGGCAUGGGAUUAAUGCCCAAGAACUGGCCAAGAACCCUAGACUUGAUUACUUCUUUGUGAAGGAUUUGAAUCAAGAUCAGACACUUGAGUUGGAGAGUUGCAGUUUGGAUGCUGUGGUUUGUACUGUGAGUGUGCAGUAUCUUCAACAGCCUGAAAAGGUAUUUGCAGAGGUAUUUCGUGUGCUUAGGCCAGGAGGUGUGUUCGUAGUAAGUUUCAGCAGCAGAAUGUUCUACGAGAAAGCCAUUGCCGCAUGGAGAGAGGGGACCGGCUACAGUCGGGUACAACUGGUAAUGCAGUACUUCCAAUGCAUUGAAGGAUUCACACAGCCAGAAAUCAUACGAAAGUUACCCGGGACUGGUGGAGCUAAACAAGAGGGAGGGCCUUUAGGUUGGAUUGUGAGGUUGCUGGGAUUGAUGUCCGGAUCAGACCCUUUCUAUGCCGUUAUAGGUUACAAGAACUUCAAACCCGUUUACGAAUGAAUCCCAUUUCUUGAAGGCCACAAAUUUGUGCAUAUUUUUAUGUGCUAAUAUUCCUAGUUCUUCUUUAUAUACAGUAUCUGAGAUCAUAUUAUUGCCAUUCAAUUUCUCUGCUUUUUCUCUC